AUGUUUAAUCAACUAAUAUCCGCCGCUGUCGAGCGUUCCAAAACCAAUAUAUCAACACGCCGAUCGUGCCAGAUGCGCUUCGCACUUCUUAUCAUCGCAUUCUUGGCGACCCUCGGCUCUGCUGCCACAGUGCCAGCGCGUGCCACUACUCGUAUUCCAACGCUAUUAGUCGAUACUAGUCCGCCGCCAUCUCCUCAAUCUUCGGAGGAAUUGCUUGAUAUAUUUCCUGCCUAUAUUAGCGAGCCUGAGUUACGGCAUGUCGAAGAAGUGGAGAGUGAUCAGAGCAGCGAUGCUAUGCUACGCGAAAAUGGAGAGAUGAAGAGAAGGAAUGCAAAGGCAGCUCCCACCGCCGCAACCACGACGCUGUCAAAGCCCACUAGCGCCGCAUUGGCAACACUAUCUCCAACAUCAUCUCCGUUGCCAGAGCCAUUCGAUAAUACGCCAGCCUCUGCCUUUCAAAGUUCAGGCUCAACCGACGCAUGCCCCAAGUUCAUAUCGGGUCUUCUAUCGAACCCAACUUUCAAAAGCUGCUAUCCGCUCUCCAUGAUGCUCCAGUCUUCAACUGGGUUCUUCCAAGCCGAAAAGUCACUUCUUAGCAUCGUGCAGGUGUUAGACGCAACUUGCAAAGCUGACUCGUCGACUUGUGCAACGUUCAUGAAUCAAGCCGCGACAAACCUCACCAUGGCUGGUAAUUGCAAGACUGAGGUUGAACAAAAUCAGACUCUAGUUCUUCAAGCAUACGACGGUCUACUGGCUUACAAGACAGUAUAUGCGGCGACUUGUCUCCAAAAUCCUACUUCGAGCCAAUAUUGCUUUGCAAACGCUGUCACCAAUCUCAACACGCCAUCAGAUGCCUAUCUCUACUUCUUGCCCUAUGGCAUAGCCUUGCCCGGCAGCUCCAACCCAUCGUGCAGCUGGUGCACCCAGCAGACCAUGGAUAUAUAUUACUCCGCCUCUGCAGUCCGCAGCUCACUAGUUGCCGGUGUCUACCAGGCCGCAGCGCGCCAAGUAAACACUUUGUGCGGCCCCAAUUAUGUCAACGGCACUCUGCCACCAGCUUCGUCAGGAGUCCAUGCCGUACGACCAGCCAUAUAUGCGACUACAUUGGCCGCCCUUUGUGCUACACUCGUUACUCUUGUUUCGGCCUUGUAG